GUGGAUGUGGUGACGAGUCGAGCUGCGACCCGAGGCUGCGUCAGGUGAAUGAUUUACGGCUUCUAGUGGUUUUCAUCGUCCCACCUGUUCAACGUUAAACGAACCGACAGGUACAAACAGUUGAAAAGCUCCGCGUUUCACGUCCGCUUCUGCUUUACACAUAAAAAUAACCCGAACCAGUUCAGAAAAAGCCGAGAGCUCGGCGGAGUGUGGACUUAGCAGGUCAGGCGUCGUCAGCAGAGGCGCGUGUGGGUCGGAGCCAUGUUGUCGGCGGAGGAGAUCCUGUGCAGCACACAGCAGGUGAUCGCGGGCCUGGAGGCGCUGAGAGGAGAGAACCGUGGCCUGCUGGAGAACCUGCAGGAGGCGGUGCAGAGCCGCUCGGCGUCCGACAGCGGCAGCGUGGAACAAGAGAAGAGCGGCAUCAUCACCCAGACGCUGCGGAGGAUAGAGCUGGGGCUGGACGAGGCACAGGUCCAGACCCAGAAACAAACAGCUCAGCGUUUGGUCAAUACAUUCACACACCUUUUCUCAUUCCAGAUGAUGAUCGCGUUGUCGGCUCAUCUUGGUUCACUGGAGGCUGAGAAACAGAAGCUUCGAGCUCAGGUGCGUCGUCUCUGUCAGGAGAACCAGUGGCUGAGGGACGAGCUGGCGGCGGCUCAGCAGCGGCUGCAGGACAGAGAGCAGGAGGUGGUGACUCUGGAGGAGCAGAACCGUCACCUACAAUUCAUGUCAAGCAUUCGCAAAUACGAUCAGGACGAGCCACAGCUGGAAGACAAAGACUCAUCUUCCAACAAGGAGUCUCUGGACGACCUGUUCCCCGCGGAGGAUGAAGACCAGUCACAGAUGUCUCAGCCUCACCACAGCAGCGCCGCAGCUGCAGCCCAGCAGGGCGGCUACGAGAUUCCAGCCCGUCUCCGGACACUGCACAACCUGGUCAUUCAGUACGCGUCCCAGGGCCGCUACGAGGUGGCUGUGCCGCUCUGCAAACAGGCCCUGGAAGAUCUGGAGAAGUCGUCAGGCCACACUCACCCAGAUGUGGCCACGAUGCUGAACAUACUGGCACUAGUGUACAGAGACCAAAACAAAUACAAAGAAGCCGCCAACCUGCUGAACGACGCGUUGGCCAUCAGGGAGAAAACUCUGGGAGCCGACCACCCGGCCGUGGCAGCGACGCUCAACAACCUGGCAGUGCUUUAUGGGAAAAGAGGGAAAUACAAGGAAGCAGAGCCGCUGUGUAAAAGAGCUCUGGAGAUCAGGGAGAAGGUUCUGGGCACCGACCACCCAGAUGUGGCCAAGCAGCUGAACAACCUGGCUCUGCUGUGUCAGAACCAGGGCAAGUACCAGGAGGUGGAGCAGUACUACGAACGCGCCCUGCACAUCUACCAGAGCAAACUGGGCCCAGACGACGCCAACGUGGCCAAAACCAAGAACAACCUGGCGUCCUGUUACCUGAAGCAGGGAAAGUACCGACAGGCUGAAGCUCUCUACAAGGAAAUCCUGACCAGAGCCCACGAGAAGGAGUUUGGAUCAGUGGAAGGCGACGGUCGCCCCACCUGGUCCGGUGCCGAGGACGGCGGCUCCAGGGAGGACGGACUCAGCUCGCUGAGGCGCAGCGGCUCCUUCACCAAACUCAGAGAGUCGAUUCGCAGAAGCAGCGAGAAGCUGGUUCGGAAGCUUAGAGGAGUCGGCGACGACGAAACAACUCCGAGGAAUCCUGGGAUGAAGAGGGCAAAUUCUCUGAAUGUGUUGAAUGUUGGAGCCAGAGAGAGUCAGGACGGCGCUCAGUCAAGCCGUUUGACCGACGUUCGUGGUCUGAGCUCCAGCACACAGAGCUUAACCAGGCGAGGUUCACUGGGUGGGACCAGCUAACGCUAACACGCUAACACUUCACUGCACUACAGGUUUUUUACCCACAUUCCUUUUAGAUUAAAACCAAAUAGUUUAACUCAAUAUUUUACCCCUUUAAAACCAGGCACCAAAAGCAACGUAAAUAUUUAUAUUAAAACAUUAAAAAAACAUUUUUAGAUAUUUAUUAAACCUUUAACAGAUUCACCCCAAAAUUACUAUGCCAUGAUUUUGUUUAUUACAUGUUAUUCAUCACAUCUGAAAUAUUUGUACUUUUUUCUCUGUUGUUAAUUUGAGACAAAAACACAUUUUGCCCAUUGGUUCUGUUCUCUGUGUUAUUCUCACAGCAUCAAAUGAUAUAAAUGGCUUUAAAGGGGUACAAUAAGUUGAGUGUUACAAGUUUACAUUAGCAAUUAGAGGUGAACAGUCUAUAACAAAGUUAAGUUGAUCAGGCACAUUGACAUCAGAGGUUGAAUUCCUCAAAUUUAACCGCAUCAUUGCUAUAAAGUUUAUACAUUUCCGUGUAAAAUGUUUUUGCCUUUUAGGUUCUGCAGGUUUUUCACUUCAUGUUAUAUUUUAAUAGUUUAUGAAAAUAAGGACCAAUGUUUUUAUUAAAUGUAGAAAUCCUUAACUAGACUUUGGCUUUGAUGAAGUGACUAAAACACAUUUCAAGUAACUGUAAUGUUUUAUGCGAUGCUGCUAAGCUUUGAUUCCUGAAUAAGUGGCUCAUUACAGGUCAAUACGUUUUUCAUCUCGGUCAAAAAAAGUUUUAAAUCCUAUUUUCCAUCAUGAGAACUGUAAGAUGUUGAUGCUGUUGUUUGCAAGGGCUGAAACAUUAGAUACAUAGUAACAGUAUGUAUGAAUGUUAUUUAAAGUAGAAAUUGGACUGUAUUUGUUGUUUAAUAUGAAAAUUUUAUAUUUGCAGACUUGUGCUAAAAUAAAAAAAUAUAUACAG